GUCCACCUGCAGGCACACACAUGUUGCCUGCUGGCUCUCGAUUGACUGCUGUGCGGUCGCCAUGUGCAAUGUCUAGGCGACGAGUCCCACCGUUGAUGUUCACCUGGUCUAGAGCGGAGUCCCACUUUGCACGAGCAUCACGACAACGAGCACAUGUCGGGACCCAUCAUCGUGGAUUCCGCAGCGGCGGCAGGGGUAGUGCAUCCAAGUUCCCACCUCCCACAGCCGCUGCUUCCGUCGAGUUCCCUGGGAAAGACUUGCGGGUGUCGCGGGUGGGGUUCGGAAGCCCGUGGAUGGGAGCUGCACCUGAUCGUGGCUUGGACAUGUCGAGGGCAUUGAGUGACGGGCAGUGCAACCUGGUGCAACUUACGUCCGAGGUAAAGCGGGUGAAGAGGCACGAUAAAGACGGCAAGCCGCUGCUCGUGCCGGAGUGGCCGGAGCGGAGCUGGGAGACCAGGACCUUCGGGAAUAUGGAGAUCGCGAGGGAAGACUUAGCCUUGCUGUGGGAGUUGCCCGCCGAAGGAAAGCCGGUAAAGGAGGCCCUGAGCCCGGCGCGUGCUGUUGAGCAUCUGGACUGCUUGCUUGCGUACCACGGCCUAGACUACGUCGAUUCCUUCGUCAUGGAGAUCCCAUGGAACACUGGAGGGGAGGAUGUCGUGAACGACUACCGACGGUUCACGGGCGAAGCCGUAAGGCUGGCCAUGACGGAGUUUGUGGAAGUGGCGGGGGACAAGGUCAAGACCAUUGGAUUCUCGUGGAAGGGAAACCCUCACACCCCACACCCCGGAAGAGCACCAGAUAGUCCCCUCUCCGACAUCGUCGAGCUCAGGGACCUCCUCACCCCGAGCAAGCCCGUCGUGGCCAUGUUCCCAGUGGGAGUGGGAUGCGGCGCAACCGUUGACGGUCUGGCCGCGGAGAGUGGCAGCGGUCUGCUUGGCUUGCCUGAGAACGCGGGGAUCUUCCAGAUCGGCACCAACGUGACGCACGCAAGACGGCCAGAUGGCCGCCCUUUCAGGCUUGUGGACGUCCAAUCCAGGCCUGUAGAGGACAUCGUGUCUGACCUCAAGUCGAAGUUCGGCAUGGCACUUCACAUGGAAGUGGAGUACUCGAGGCGGUUCGAGGGGAAGCAGCGUGGGACGGAGACGGGCCGAAGCGGGGACAGCAGCAGUGACGAUGAAGGGGCCGGCAGUGAAGAAUCCCGAUCGCCUCUCCCGCCGAAGGCUGACGUGAGCUGGGCGCACAUCCUGGCACAAAACCAGCACAAGCUCCAGGGGCUAGAUGAGUGGGAAACCAUCCGUGAUAGUCAGAUCAAGCCAUCGGUGAUGCGAGCGUUAGACACGUUGCGAAUGAGAGGAGAGGCGGAGGGCGAGUGGGGGUUUCUGUACCGAUCAACACUGGCAUCGCUCAUGAUGGGACUAUCGGAGGUCAUGGAGGUGAAAAAAUCCCACCAGCUUGGGGAGGUCGCUGCCUUGAUGGACGACCUGGCGCCCUCCCUGCGGGAGGCAUCACGAGGGGUCGCCCAAGCCGGGGGGGCGGGGAACAGCAGCAGAAGCGGGGGUGGUUCAGGUGCCGGCUCGGCGGUAGAAGGUGAAACCGUCGUCGGGCGGUGUACGGCGGCGGCGUUGUCGACGGGAGUUGACUGCGUUUUGGCCGAGGAGUUCGCGGCUUCUAGGGAUGCGGCGAGAGUCACCGGAUUUGGACGGGUUCCGCACGACGAAGUAAAGAAGCUUUACUCAGGCUUCCGGCUGCCGGCAGAUGCCCCGCCAGCGUCGGAACAAUAGCCUAGGCGACAAUGGCAUGGCAGGAGGCCCAUCUACCGUAUACGAUACGAUACAAAAAGAAACCCGCCCGCGCCCGGCGGCAUGUAACAUUCUAUAUUCUUAAGUGGUUGUCACCGGAUGUGUUGUUGCGGGGGUGAUGUCAGGUUUCUUGAUCUGGAAGCAGUUUGGUUGUCUGAGGUCGUGUUCACCCGUACUACUUGAUGUUGCCUCCGGGCAUGGUUGAAGUGGGUGUCAUCUCUCGUGCGCUUUUUUCUAGUGCUAGGGGUUUUGUUGAGAUGAAAUCCACAACGAAACUACCAACACGAUGACGACUACUUCUGACGGUUUUCUGGUCGGAGAGGAACGAACGCUCCUUGUUCGCAAGCAGGACGGGGUGCUGGCAUACGCUCGUGAGUUGGGCGAGGCAAGGGACAAAUAGAAAAAUGCUCAAGAUCCGCAAGAAGUGUUUGGCAGGGGAGCCUAGUUUAUGCAGGACGCGCACCUCUCGAUGGCCUUGCUUGGCAACGUCAACUCUCACCGACAGGGAUUUCUUGGAGGGGGGGCAAGCGACAAAGCUUUAUGUGCAUAUGUAUGCAGACAUCAAUUUUGGCUUU